ACCAGAAGCUUGAUUACAUAACAGUUUUUUGAACUGAGAUGGGCAAUUGGGGCAUGCACCGGGAGGCGACAGGCGAGAGGAUAAGAACGGCUGAUCCUUUCGCCUGCUUCUUAAAAAAAGAAGAAGAAAAAAAAGCUAAGGUGUAUUUGUUUCGUUCUACCUACGUACGUGAACUUGCCUCUCAACUGACACCCUAUACGUACGGUAUAUACGUAGUAUAUUACCGACGCAACAGGGCGCGGAUGGAGAGGUUGACCUGCGUUUAUUUAUUUUGGAGCGCACACGACACCCCAAGCUAGUCUAGCUCCCAACCAAAACAACAACAACAACAACUACUCGCAGGUCGCAACGCCGCCGCAGCAGCCUAUGGAGGAGGAAGCCGGCAGAAGCUGGACGACGGAUGAGAGAGGAGACGACGACGGCGACCAGCUGCGCGGGACGACGACGGCGACGGGCAGCCGGAGGGUGGCCGCCGCCGCCGCCGGCGCUAGCGGCGAGAUCGAGAUGCUACAGACGGAGGCCGCCGCCACGGUCGUCGUCGUCGGUGGCGGGGCGUCGGCGUCGGCGUCGGUCCAGCAGGGAGGAGGCGACGCGGAUGACGAAUGCGGUAUCCAGCAGAUACCAAUAUGGAAGAGAUUUCUAACACAUGCUGGACCUGGUUUCCUGGUUUCCUUGGCCUACAUCGACCCCAGCAAUGUGCAAACUGAUUUGCAGGCUGGAUCAAGUCACAAAUUUGAGUUACUAUGGGUUCUAUUCUUUGGAUUCUUUUUCGUAUUGGUUAUACAAUCUUUGGCAGCAAAACUGGGCAUCAUCACAGGAAGGAAUCUUGCUCAGAUGUGUAUGUAUGAAUAUCCAAAGUUAGUGAAAUAUGGCCUUUGGUUGCUCAUUGAGGUUGGCGUGAUUGCUGCCACUAUACCAGGAGUUUUAGGAACAGCUUUGGCAUACAACAUAUUGCUCAACAUCCCUUUUUUGGUUGGUGUUCUGAUAUGUGGAGCAAGCACGUUCCUGCUUCUAGCUUUACAGAUCUAUGGGGUUAGGAAAAUAGAGCUCAUAGGAGUUAUUUUUAUGCUCCUUAUCGCCAUUUCCUUCUUUGUUGAACUGAGUACUGUCAAUCCUCCUAUGGGUGAGGUAAUUCAAGGUCUAUUUAUCCCGAGAUUGCGAGGGGUUUAUGCUGUGUCAGAUGCAAUUGCACUAUUUAGCGUCCUCGUUGUGCCGCAUAAUCUCUUCCUGCAUUCAUCACUGGUGGUAUCAAGAAAAAUAUCACCUUCUCCAAAAGGAUUUAAGGACACUUCAACGUUCUUCUUGAUUGAGAACGCAUUUGCUAUGCUUCUUGUGCUACUUGUAAAUGUAGCAAUUGUGUCAACUACAGGGACUAUAUGUGCCAAUAAUACUCAGCUGGUUGACAACAACAAUGCAUGUAGUGGUCUUACACUGAACUCAGCGUCAGUAUUAUUGAAGAAUAUGUUUGGCAGAUCAACUUCAAAAAUAUACGGCUUAGCAUUAUUAGCUUCUGGUCAGAGUAACACAAUGACUACUAGCUAUUCAGGACAAUACAUUAUGCAGGGUUUCUCCGGGAUGAGGAAAUGCAUCGUUUUUAUCAUUGCUCCCUGUUUCACCGUCAUACCUAGUUUGAUAAUUUGCAGUGUUGCUGGUGCCCCUCACGUUCGACAACUCAUCAACGUGUCUGCGAUCAUCUUAGCUUUUGUAUUGCCAUUUUCCCUAGUUCCCCUCCUAAAAUUCAGCAGCAGUUGCGCGGUGAAGGUACCAUACAAGAACUCAGCUUGUAUUGUCCAAGUCGCGUGGAUUCUCUCCAUUGUAAUUAUGGGGAUCAAUAUUUAUUUCUUCUGCAAUAGCUUCAUAAGUUGGCUUGUGCACAGUGAACUCCCAAGGAUAGUCAAUGUUAUAAUUAGCACCCUUGUCUUCCCUUUCAUGGCGGCAUAUAUUGCAGCUUUAAUCUACUUGGCUUUCAGAAAAGUUAAUGCUGCUGGCAUAUUCCCUUCCGUGUCAGCUUCCACUGGGACUGAAGUAGAAGCAUGGAGGCAAGAUGGCAACAUUGAUGAUAUUGGUGUACAUUGAUAUGUUUGAAACACAGUAUAUAAAUAUACUCUUUCAUUAAAAAAAUAUUUUGUUCAUACACCACACAUUAGGGAAGACGUCAAACCAUUAUUGAAAGAUGUAUAUAGUUAUACAUAUAGUUUUAUGGUUAGAUUUGUUGUCCCUUUAGGAAUGUAGUAUAAGCAAUUUAAGUUUUUUUUUUAUCUACGGUGGUAUCUAAUAUAAGGAUUUAUCUGUCCUUGGUGGUU